CAGUCAUUGCGUUCCCAACACCAGAACCCCAAAGUCGAUCAGAUAGAGGUAUCUUAAUUUUAAAAAAAGAAACUAUAAAGGUAACAACAUGGUUAGGCAAACAGGUUUCGAAGACAUCUUUAGCAAAACUAUAGAUGUAUGCAAAAGUAAGUACAUAGCCAUUCCGGAGGCGGAGAAGGAAAGAUAUGGUAAGCACUUCGAAGCGUUGCGUUCUACAAUCUUCGGGAUAUUGAGAUCGGAGAACGCCCAGCUGGACAGCCUCAUCGCGGAAUACAGUUUGGAAGGUAUGCUCAGGUGGCCGUCCAAGCCGAACCUAUCCUUGCCUGGACUCUCUGUAUCAUGGUUGAGUUUCAGCCGGAACUGCAAGCCACACCCCAUCCCUACUCCCAUCCCACAUUCACCGUGAGUCAGAGUACUUCGAACCGCGAUAACAAAUGCAGCAGUCUCGUAAAGAUAAUCAUGUAAUUGGCGCACUAUCUAAAUUCGAAAGCCCGCGAAUCGAAUCCCUGUCCCUCGCGUCCCGCCCCUUUUCGCCGCGUCGCGUUUUCGAUCGUUAUUUACAGCGUAGUUUCCGUUAAAUUCGCAGGGAGUACGGGGGAUAGGCUUAAAGUCGCGAAACCCAACGAAUUCGAUUUGGUGUUUAAGUUGCAAAUUCCGUAUUACGAAAGCAUCGUCGUGACGCGAGAUUCGAAUUAUCCGGGUAACGUGUUUCUCGAUAUGACGCGCGUGUUAGAACUUCUUGAAGACGAUCCCCGCGAGGACCACCAGCGCAUUCGUAAACUACUUCAGCUUCAACUCGUGGACUCGCAAAACUACCUCGUCGUAGACAAACUGCGUUCGUGGCUCCAGAGCCUGUUUAGCCAAGCGCUCAAUCGGAUCGCGGAUCGCUUGGAAGUGGAUGGAGUUGUGACUCUGAUUAAAUAUAGGACCUGUGGGCCGGCCCACACCAUCUACGUGGAUGGGGAGCUGGAGUACUCGGUCGACUUCGUACCUGCUAUUCGCCUGGGAGCCGAACAGAACGUAUUGCUCGCGGAUCAGUUGAUUUACUUCGAGCGCGCGAACCUAUCUUUCUGGGAUGCAAUCCCCAAGCCCCUGAAAACCCAGACCCAAACCAGCAGCAUUUCUUUUAGGUCCUCCUUUUACUUAGCCGAGAGGGCGAUGCUGAUGGGUAAGCACGAGAAUUGUCGGGAUGCAAUCAAGCUUAUGAAGAAAUUUCGCGAUGUUAGGACCAACUUAAGUAACCUCAAGAGCUACUACAUUAAAACUCUGUUUCUUUGGAAGCUUAGCGAUGAACCAGCGUCCUACUGGCAGAAGCCGCUCACUUCAAUUUUGCCCGAGAUGUUCGACAAUCUGGUGGAGUGUUUAAGGCUUGGAACUCUUCCCUUCUUCUGGGACCCCGAACUGAACAUGUUCGACGUGUUGACCCGGGACCAGUUGUUGGAAAUGUACCAAUGUGUCCGAAAAAUUCCGAGUGCUCUGAGGGAAGCCGAAGUCCGACAGAAGCAUUACUCUGGACUUUACGUUCUUCGUGUUUUCAGCCACAAACAGGAAAGGAGUCUGCACCGCUGUUCAAAGAGGAUUAGCAAGCAAACACGAAAUGGUAUCCUGCGGCUGACAAAGGAAUAAUGAAGUCAACUUAAGCCGCAGGCUGGGAACCGCGUGGCUCAGGCCUUGAGGAUAGGAUAGAAGGCGAAAUCCAUUUGGCCUUGAGGAUAGGAUUCUUUGAAGAAGGCUACUUAGAGCUGUCAAAAUUCCAUUUGAAUUUUAGAAUUUGUAAAGGGUUGUCCGUGUUUUUAAUGUGUGUUUUAAUUCAAAAAUUUACUACACCAUUUAUUUUUGUUCUUGAAAGAAUUGGUUGCAUAUCAAAAAAGAGUAAAGAUACGGGCAGCCCUUUAUGCCAACCAGGAACUUAAAUGUUUGAUGUAUUUUAAGUUUAGCAUGAAUGUAAACUAAGAUCCAAGAAGUGCAUCAAAAACUAUAAAAAUAACAUUUGUAAUGGGUCUGAAUAUAUUAUCCAUGAAUUGGUUACAAAACUAUCAAUUUUGUGGUCUAAAUAUUAAAACAAUUGAUUUCAAAAAUGUUGUUCAUUAUGAUAAAGUAACAAAUGUAUGGACCAUGGUUAAAAGUGAAAUGACUUCUGAAUUUAAGUUUCUUCUUAGAGACAUGAAGUGAAGUUUAACAUUUGUGUAAAAGCUAUAUAAAAUGACAAGAAGGUUUUGUAAAUUGAAUGUACUCAUAAUAAUAAUUGCGUGAACCAAAAUUA